GCUCAUCACUGCUGGAUGGAUGAUCAGCGAGCCUGAGUGUGUGUGUGUGUCUGUCGUGUGUGUGCGCAUCCAUCUCUCUCUCUGUGCCCACGGGCUUUUGGCCAACUUGGCGAUGCCGUGUAGACUUGAGUAUUGACUGUGGAGCUUUACUGCAAGUUGUUCUGUAUGCUAACGCCCACCGCCUCGCCGCUCGUCCCUUCCACCAGGUUGCACUUUUCACCACUUCACCACACUCACCCUCCCUGCGGCAUAGCCACUUCUCACACACGCAAGGCCGUUCGCUCAAACCGCCGCACACAGACAGCCCAUCACACCAGCAGUCAUUCCCCGGCCUCCCAGCCCCAGGCCUAAAGGGCUCAUCGAAUUCCGUGUGUGCGCAUGUCUGUGUGCUGGUCUCCCUUUUCUUUCGAAUAUCAAAUGGAUGCCGUGAUGCCGUGUCCCUCCCUCCUCGUUGUCCACUUCUUGAUCAUCAUCAGUGCAGCUCGCUUCUUGGUCGCCGAUAUGCCGUGUGUGGCGAGAGCCACAGGUAUCUUGAGUCAGCAGCUGAUGGAUGAAUGGAUGCCGUGAUGUGAUGAUGCCGUCUCCCUCCCUCGUUGUCCAUCUCGACUAGCUGAAAUAGCCAUCGGCACGAGGAGGAUCUUCAGUCAGCAGUUGAUGGAUGAAUGGAUGCCGUGAUGUGAUGAUGCCGUCUCCCUCCCUCUUGUGGUAAGGUAUCGGGUCGGCGCUCUCGGCUUCAGGCGGUGCGUCCAGCUCCUCCGACAUGGCCUGGAGGAAUUCACAAGAGAGGCAGCCACUCAUCGCCUGACGCACUGAAGGAACACCACACAAACACACAACACAGAUGUUUGCGUGCAGAGGUUCUCAUGCGUGCAGUGGGUGAACCCAAAUACUGUAUCGCCCCCACCUGACAACAAGUCAUAGCUGCUGACACUAGAGACUUUUCCUCCCCCGUGCGGCCGCCGAGGUGGAUGGUGAUCGGUGUGGCGGACUUAGCAGCGUCUGUGUGACAGUUAGCCUCGCUGAUGGCCAUCAGCGGCGAGUGCGUGCCGUUCCUAGACAAUGUCUUGGUCAGCCUGCCCCUCUCGACCUCCCCUAGCCGCUCUGCCAUCUUGCCCUUGGUGUGCGAAUCGUCGCCUUGAGGCAGCACGCAUUGGCGCCUUGGGAAAGCCACCUGGAGAGACACACACGAUCUAUCAUGAUGGUUGCCUAAAUGAUGUUCCGUGAUGAUGUGUGAGUGCGCACAUGCCUACCAUGAGUGUUGGGUGCAGCAGCAAAUACGAAGACAGCAUAGCAUCGAAACAAGAGACCU